AUGCUCGGACCGCUCAAGUCCUUGUUCUGGCCAAAGGAUGACCGCAUCGCCAAGGGGGUGGAGGUUGCGUCUCCAGCAAUGGAGACGCUCGGCACCAAGCAGCGCAAGCCCUCUUUACAGAAUGUGAAGGCGGAGGACUACGCGACCCCCGACAAGUACCUCGAAGGCGCCGAGAUCCCCACCUUCUACCAGUUCCAGAGCAACCUGGUCGCGGACGAGGACCUGAAGCCCGGCAUGGUCCGCGUGCUGGAGGUAGACAAGCGCUUGACGCUGCCCACGCGGACACACAUCCGCUUCCUCGUCACCGGCCAGGAUGUCAUCCACAGCUGGUCCGUUCCUUCCCUUGGCGUCAAGACGGAUGCUACCCCAGGCCGCAUCAACCGUAUCACCACUUUCAUCCAGCGCGAGGGCGUCUUCUACGGGCAGUGCUCGGAGCUAUGCGGCACGCUGCACGGCUUCAUGCCGAUCGUCGUUGAGGCCGUCUCACCAGAGACCUACGCGGCGCACGCCAAGAAGUGGUACAAGGAGUGA